UCCCAUAGGUUCACCAGCAGCAGCAGCAGCAACAGCAGCGGCAGACACCGUCACCCACACAGAGGGAGGAGGGAACCGCUGGAUCCCGUCUAUUCUACUCCCCUCCGCUGGACUGAUCACAUUGAUUGAUCGUCGGGUGCGUCCCGGAGGAACACCCCCGUUUCCCCCACCUCUUCCCCCACCCCACCCCCUCACGAGGAGCUCGGGGAUCGAGGAGAAGCCGCCGUUGUGUGGUCGCAGAUGACACGCAGAAGAAAGUGUGUGGGCGGAUAAGGAAGUUCAGAGCACGGAUUGAUGCUUACACACCUACUGUACACGCACUUUAGUAGCAGCGGGAGCAGCACACGCCGGGAUCUCUACCCCCAGUUUCUAUGAGCAGGGGUGAUCCGCGUAUGGGAAAAUGAUAAUCAAGUUUGUGGUCAUCCUCUUUGUACUUCUGCUCGCUCAAGGUGCUCGUUCUGAUCUACCGGAAUAUGACGAUGACGAUGAAGAUCACCACGACACCACUGUCAAUCAAAUGCUGGUUCCCAGGUCCUACCAGGAGGCUGCCACACUUAUACUAAACAAUCUGCUCAAGGAGUAUGACAAGACGCUUCGGCCAGACAUUGGAGUGAAACCAACAGUCAUCGAUGUGGGCAUAUAUGUCAACAGCAUUGGGCCUGUGUCAUCCAUCGAUAUGGAGUACCAGAUCGAUAUUAUCUUCGCUCAGACCUGGGUGGACACCCGUCUGCGGUAUAACAGCAGCAGCAUGCGGAUUCUGACCCUCAACAGCAAUAUGGUCGGCUUGAUUUGGCUGCCCGACACCAUCUUUAGGAAUUCCAAGACUGCUGACUCUCACUGGAUUACGAUGCCCAAUCAGCUUCUAAGGAUCUGGAACAAUGGAAAAAUACUGUACACACUGAGGAUGACCAUCAAUGCCGAAUGCCAGCUGCAACUCCAUAAUUUCCCAAUGGACGAACAUUCCUGUCCUCUCGUCUUCUCCAGCUAUGGCUACCCACGAGACGAGAUUGUGUACAAGUGGAAGCGAAAUUCAGUAGAGACUUCGGACCAGAAAUACUGGAGGCUUUACCAGUUUGAUUUCAUGGGGCUCAGAAACACCACAGAUGUGCUUACGACAACAGCUGGUGACUAUGUGUUGAUGACAGUGUAUUUUGACCUAAGCAGAAGGAUGGGCUACUUCACCAUCCAGACGUACAUCCCCUGUAUCCUGACUGUGGUCCUCUCCUGGGUUUCCUUCUGGAUCAAAAGCGAUGCUUCGCCCGCAAGGGUGGCCCUAGGCAUCACCACAGUGCUGACCAUGACCACCCUGAGCACAGUGGCCAGGAACUCACUCCCUAGAGUGUCCUACGUGACGGCCAUGGACCUGUUCGUCACCGUCUGCUUCCUGUUUGUCUUCGCCGCCAUGAUCGAGUACGCUAUGCUCAACUACUACUCCAACAGUAUACGCAGACCUCCUGCCAAGACGCAGAGAAUGGCCUACUCAUCUCUCAACAUGAGUCGCACCCCUCGGACCAACUCCCUCUUCUGGCAUGACUACGAUGACAACUGCCUGUACGAGUGCCUAGAUGGGAAGGACUGCAAGAGCUUCUUCUGCUGCUAUGAGGAGUGCAAAGAAGGCGGCUGGAAGCAGGGACGGAUCCAUGUCAACAUCCGCGAGCUGGAUUCUUACUCCCGGGUUUUCUUCCCCACCUCCUUCUUGCUCUUCAACAUUGUCUACUGGGUCAGCUACCUCUAUCUCUAGUCGGCACCAUUGUGCAUCAUGGCUCGUGAUAUGAGGUCAAAACUAAGCAUGGAGCACAAAAUGAGGUGGAUCCACUCUGUUGGAAUCGGAAAAGAUAUGCUGCUGUGCACCCUGGGAAGGCCACAAUACCAUGAGCAGCAGCAGUAGAACAAGUUGCCAGCAUUAACAUGUAUGCAUAGGUCCUGUACAUGACUCUGAGAAACCAAGCAAACGGGCAGCAGUGACUUCACAGUUGUUUGGGGAUGGAGUUGCACUGCUGAAUCUUGGUCGUCGAGAUGACGAAGCACCCAUAGUGCCUUCUUUAGAAAGGGUGCAGCACAGAGAGAGACGCAGCUUCAGAGCCCCUGCUGUUAUCUUUGUUGCUUCAUCCAGCACGUCGCAACAUGCCGAGUUGUUUAUUCUUUGAUUGAACAAACCCAGAACACAGUAGUCAGCGCUGGAAUACUAACAGUCACCAUUCGUUUUAUAGCAAUUUAGUUUUUGUUCUACCUUAGAAAUCCUACUCCUUUUUAAUAACAGUAAUGUUUUCUUCUUCCUCUUAUUAGAAUUAGUUGUAUUUUCUAGCCCACAUCUGUUGUGCAGUGUUAAAGAUGAGUUAGCACCAGGGCCAGUGGUUGUCUGGUUUGUUUAUUUAAGUAAGUGAGCUUCUGCUCAUGAUGCUUUAUGGCCAGGCCAUGCAGUUUACAGCAGAUGCCAAGAAGGUCUGGGUGUUUUAAUGAAUGCUGGAUUAUAUUCUUACACGUCAGAUAUAUCCAUCCAUCCAUUAUCUAUACUGCUUAUUCCUGAAAAAGGUCACAGGGCUUUGGAGCCAGUCCC